AUGCUUCCCCUCAACAACAUCACUCUUCAGAGUCACAUCACCCUCCGUCUUCAGCAGCUGGAUCUGCUACUCCCGAGCGCUGGUCCGCUCUCCAUCCCAUCAUCAGUAGACGAAGGCAUUCAGAAGGUUCCAGGCCUGCCUGGUAUCCGCUGUUCCACAUGCGCCGCCAACGGCGAGGAUGUUUGGGUUAUCCCAGGCCGUGCAUGUGGCUUCUGCCGCACUCCAGCCAUGCGGGAUUGA